AGCAUGGAAGGGGCACUGGCUUCUAAGAACAGUAGAAAGAGGAAAAUGGUGCAGAGCGACGAUGAGGAUGAUGGUGUUGGAAAAGUGUGCAGGUUCAAAAUCCUAUUGCCAAACGGGAUGAGCGUGGAACUAACAUUACGCGAUCCUGAACCGGAAAUGUUGUUUGGAGAUUUUAUGAACUUGGUGAAAGAAAAGUACUUAGAAGCUCGUAAGCACCACGAGUCAAUGAAGAAGAGAAGGGACAUUAACUGGAAGGGUGGUGCUCUUUUUCUUCGAGAUGCCAAUGAUGCAAAGAUCAGGAACGUUAUUAAAUUGAAAAACUUUAAGCCGAACAAGUGCCAUACUCUACGGUUUCAUGAUGGGAGUAGCGAUAUUGCCGAAUCUUUUGAGAAUAUGUGGGAUUUGACGCCAGAUACUGAUCUGUUACUGGAGCUUCCUGAAGAAUAUACUUUCGAAACCGCUCUCGCAGACUUGAUUGAUAAUUCCUUGCAAGCUGUAUGGUCUAAUGGGGAAAAUAAUAGGAAGCUAAUUAGAGUAAAUCUGGGUAAAGAUAAGCUUUCAAUUUUUGACAAUGGGCCAGGGAUGGAUGACACUGAUGAGAAUUCCCUUGUCAAGUGGGGAAAGAUGGGUGCUUCACUUCACAGAUCUUCUAGAUCACAAGCUAUUGGAGGAAAACCACCAUACCUAAUGCCUUAUUUUGGAAUGUUUGGAUAUGGUGGACCAAUAUCAUCUAUGCAUUUGGGGAGGCGUGCUUUAGUUUGUUCUAAGACAAAGCAUGUGAAGAAAGUCUACAUGUUACUUCUUGAAAGGGAAGCUUUGUUAAGCUCAUCUAGCUCUAAACUCACUUGGAAGACCAGUGGUGGCAUCAGGGAUCCCUCAAAGGAAGAGAUCAGGGAUUCUCAUGGGAGCUUUACAAAGGUUGAAAUUUACAAAGCAAAAGUAAAAGAUAUUGACAUAAACAGACUUCAGUGCUACCUGAAGGACAUUUAUUUCCCCUACAUUCAGAGUGAUGACAUGUUUGAUAGAGGGAAGACUAUUACACCAAUUGAGUUUAAGGUCAAUGAUGUUGACUUGACUGAGGUUCAAGGUGGUGAGGUUGCAAUCACCAAUUUGCAUUCUUGCAACGGUCCUGAGUUUGUUUUACAGCUUCACCUUUCCUUAGUAGCAGGUUCAAAAGAACUCCAAGAAGCAAAUGCAUGCCUGAAGUUUGUAUAUCUCCCAUUCAUAAAGGGAAAAGAGAAUAUAGAGAGAGUUUUGGAAAAGUUAACGGCUGAUGGGUGUGUUAUAAGAGAAAAUUUCCAAAGCCUUAGUCGUGUCUCUGUUAGGCGGCUUGGACGUUUACUCCCAGAUGCUCGCUGGACUUUUCUUCCUUUUAUGGACUCCAGGAAUAAAAAGGGAAUCAAGGCUCAAAUAUUGAAGAGAUGUUCCCGGAGGGUGAAAUGCUUCAUUGAAACUGAUGGAGGCUUUAAGCCAACACUUUCCAAGACUGAUCUAGCACACCACAAUCCUUUCACCACUUGUUUGAAGAAUUUGGGCAAUAAAAUUUCAGACAAUGAGAAGGAUGUUACUUUUGAAAUUUGGAAGGGUACAAAAGAGUUAACUCUUUUACAGCUAGAAAGGGAGUACCAGGAGUGGAUAUUACACAUGCAUCGUCAGUAUGAUGAAGAAUUUGAUGCUGGCGAGGAUAAGCCAGUUAUCAUUGUCGGUCCAGCAAAUGCAAAGGAACUUGGCAUCUCUUCAGACGUAAUCAGAGUUCAUCAGGUUUUUAAGAGAGAGGAAAAAUCUUGGAAGCAUGGCCAGAAAAUUAAAGUGUUAAAGGGAGCAUGUGCAGGGUGUCACCAGACCACGAUUUAUGCAACCAUAGAAUAUUUUUUGCUUGAAGGUUUUGAAGGAGACACUGGUGGAGAAGCCCGAAUCAUAUGCAGGCCAAUAAAUAUCCCAGAUGAGAAUGGUUGCUUCCUCUCAGUCAAGGAUGAAGAUGCAUGUUUGGAAAUCCGGGGCUCUUUGUCUUUACCUCUAAGUGUGAUAGACUCUGGAAAGCUCGUACCUGUUGAAAAUAUUGAAUGGGAAAAACAACUUAAAAAGGAACAACUAAAAUCUCCUUUGGUUGACGUGCUGGGUCCUCCAAAUCAACAUCUGGAGGCUAAAGGGCUGGACUCAAACUGUAAAAGUUUUGAGAAAAAGGCAAUCGUGGAGCGUUCUCAUCUUGUUGGGAAGUGUAGACUUCUAACCAGUGUCCAAAAUCCACAGCUGGAUGUUAGGGUUGGUUCUACUUUGCCAACCUUAGACAUUGCAUACUAUGAUAUCUAUAAUAGGCAAGCACCUUUUCAUUCAAUUCCGGACGUAACUGUCAAACUUCAGACAGCUGUGGCAUUGCAUGUUGAAGUAUGUGGCUUGAAGAUUUGUCUUUCAACUGACAAAUUGACUUUAAAAAUUAUGAAUGUAAUGAUCAUAAGUAACGAACUCGACAAGAUAAAGCCAAGCUAUUGUGCCACCUUGUUUAUUGCUUCAAAUAAUGUACCACUGUCUCUUUCCAUUCCAUGUCGAGUUUAUCCAGCUUUUCUUAACCGUGUUGUACUCAAGCCUAAAAUAAUAGAAGACCAACUACUUCCAGGUUUCAUUUUCAAGGAGCUAAUGUUGGAGAUGUUUGAUAGAUAUGGAAACCGUGUCAUUAAAGGCUCGGAGGUUACUUUAGCUGUGGCUGGAUUCAAUGUACUGGAUGACAUUGGUAUGAUACGUAAGGUAGAUGAUAAGGGAAGAAUUGAUCUUGGUGGUCUUCUGAAGUUAACAGCAGAUUUUGGAGAAAACGCAUCCAUGUCUGUUAUGCUUGAAAAUCAAACAAUUUUCAGGCAGGAGUUCUCAACUGCGAGAAGGAACUUGAGAAUUGCAUCAGGGGUGCCUGAUUUUUGUGCUGCUGGUGGUCACUUAGAAAACAUCAAUUUUGAAAUUGUAAAUCCUGAUGGAGAUGUAGAUAUUAUGUUUCAUCACAAUGACAAAGAUGGCCAGUAUCAUAUGCUUACCAUCAAGUCAGACCUUUUCAGUGCACAGGAAUCUAUUCGGUACACUUUUAAGCAUGGGCGCUGUACCAUCCCUUCAAUUCCUAUUCCAAUAAGUGAUGGGUCUUUUUGCUUUGAAGCUGCUCAUUCGCAAUAUACAGGACUGUCUCUGAUUGUUAAGGUUCCUGUCAUCAAAAUGCCAAUAGUAGAAUAUGUUGGUCAACCUCCAUCUCCAGAUAAGAGUAUCAUGCACCUGGAAGAAUUACCAUCUUUUUAUCACGAAAAUAACUGGAUGAUUUCCUUUGCAAAUAAUGACGACAAGGAAUUUGAUAGCAUCUGCAGACUUGGUGAGAAAAUUAAAAAUGUAGAAAGUCAUCUUAAUGAACUUAAUGAGCAAAAGUCUGAAACCGAGCAAGAGAUAGUGAAGUUGUUAGAGAAGAUUCAGCCUUAUCAGUUAGAUUUAGUCAACAUGGACUCUUCAUUUACCAAAGAUGAAUUGAUGACAAAAGUUUUAAGCAUGGAAAACUCGGCAAUUUCUGUCUUGUGUAAUCUUUCCAGGCACAAAAAUCAACAAAAUUAUUUCUUGGAAGAUAUAAUUGGUGUCGUUGCCCUCAUUGGUACUGUUCAGAGUCCUGAGCUUAGCAGGAUCUUUGCCGAGUAUCUUGGUGAAGAUAAAAUGUCGGGUGUUAUUUAUAGAUCCUUUGAUGCUGCAAGUUCCCUUGAGAGGUAUAAACAAAAUGGUGAAAUUGAUUGUGAGCGUGCUUUACAUGCUGAAGCUGCUGCUCUUGGAAAAGAUAUUAGCAAGCGUUUCCUUGUUAUAUGUAUUGAAGAUAUAAGGCCUUAUACUGGGCGUUUGCAAGAGAAUGAUUUUCAGAGAAAGCUAGCAUUGCCAAAUCCUACCCUGCCAAACGGGAGAACCCCAGACGGGUUUGUUGGUUACGCAGUUAACAUGGUUGACCUGGAAAUAAAUUACUUGCAGACGAAGACAACUUCGGGCCACGGGCUUCGGGAGACGGUGCUGUUUAGCCUUUUCAAGAAGCUCCAUGUUUACAAAACAAGAGAGAAUAUGGUGGCUGCUCGUGCCUGUAUAGAGGAUGGUGCCGUUUCGUUAGAUGGUGGUAUAUUAAGAGAGAGUGGAAUUCUCUCUCUCGGAUAUGGGAAUCCUUUUAUAUAUUUUCCUUGUGAGAACCAGAUGGUACACCCUCGAGAAACUGAAGAAAUCUUGACACGGAUUAAAGAUAAGAAGUCAGAUCUGAGGAUCAUUGAACAAAGAAUCAAAGAACUGACUAGUUGUCGUGAGAAGUGUAUAAAGAAAUUUAAGAUAAAAGAGGAGAGGUAUAAUAAAUUUAUGGAUAGAAUGGAGCCUAUGACAGAACUAUUGAAAUAUAUAGAGGCAGGUGAUGAGAAAAACAGAAUCAAAGAACUCUCUGAUUGA